ACAAAGAGUGCUCGCAACACACGCAUCCAUGGACGCCGCUACCUUCCACCGCCACGCCCGCCGGCAGCCGGAGCUCGCGAACGCGGGCGGAGCUCAGAUAUUGGAGAGCCCAAAGGAGCCGAUGGAGUUCCUGUCGAGGACGUGGAGCGUGUCGGCGCUCGAAGUGUGCAAGGCUCUCGCUCGACACCAUCGUCGUCCUUCUUCACCUCCUCCUCCCGCUCUUACCUCCGCCACCACUCCUUCCAUGGCUUCUUCCAAGUCUGUCAACGUCUCCUCAUGCGCGACUCCGACAAUUAAAGAAGAGCUGAUGAUCGACGAAGAGCCCAUCGUCGAGGACUUGGCGAGCUCUCUCCCCGCGAACCAUCGCUUCUCGUUCAAUUCCACCGCCACUUCGCAGCUCGUUCUCGAACGCAUAAUGUCGCAGUCGGAGGUGUCUCCAUUGACGUCCGGGAGGCUUUCUCAUAGCAGUGGCCCGCUGAAUGGCGGCGGCGGUUCUUUGGCGGAGGACAGCCCUCCCGUUUCUCCUCCCGAUGACUUUGACGACAUCGUUAAGUUCUUCCGCUCCCACAACACCCUGCAGCCGUUACUCACAGGCGGCCGUUCCGUCACUGCCAGCACCGUCACUACACCGGGUGGGGGGAGAACGGUCGGGAGGUGGCUGAAGGACAGGAGAGAGAAGAAGAAAGAGGAAGCCCGAGUCCAAAAUGCGCAGCUGCACGCUGCCGUCUCCGUCGCCUCAGUGGCGUCGGCAGUAGCAGCGAUUGCAGCUGCUACGGCUGCCUCCUCAUCUUCGAGAAAGAAUGAAGAAACAGCGAAGACCGACAUGGCAGUGGCGUCGGCCGCAACACUGGUGGCGGCGCAGUGUGUGGAGGCCGCAGAGACCAUGGGAGCCGAGCGUGACCAUCUGGCUUCCGUUGUGAGCUCCGCUGUCAAUGUCCGUUCACACGACGAUAUCACGACCUUAACUGCUGCUGCAGCAACAGCUUUGCGUGGAGCAGCAACACUUAAGGCUAGAACAGCGAAGGAGGUGUGGAAUAUUGCAGCAGUGUUGCCAUUGGAAAAGGGGGUCGGGAUCGGAUGCAGCGGUAAAGCCAAUAGAAACAGCAAUCAUCCUAGCUUCGGCAAUAGCGGGGAACUUGUUGUGGCUGGAGAUAACUUUCUCGGAGUCUGCAUCCAGGAAUUUCUUGCCAAGGGAACUGAGCUUCUGAAGCGCACACGUAAAGGUGAUCUUCACUGGAAAAUUGUGUCUGUCUAUAUCAACCAGAGCGGCCAGGUUGUCCUAAAGAUGAAGAGCAAACAUGUAGCUGGAAGCAUAACCAAAAAGAACAAGAAUGUCAUCGUGGAAGUCUACAAGGAUGUGCCAGCGUGGCCUGGGAGGCACAUCUUCGACGGUGGCGAACAACGCCGCUACUUCGGACUCAAGACAGCAGCACGGGGCAUUGUAGAGUUUGAGUGCAAGAAUAGACGGGAAUACGAGAUCUGGACACAAGGCGUGACGAGGCUUCUGUCUAUGGUCGCUGAAAGAAAGAGCACCUCUUGAACUCAGUUUGCACGUUCACAGUGGGAAGCCUUUGAUCUUCAUUAUUAGAUAUUCUCCUUUUUUCACUUUUCUGCUUGAGGUUUACUUAUCGUCUCAAGCAGCUAAAUUGGCGGGACUCUAGGUUUAAGCAUAUAUAGGUUUGCUCUGAAUGCGCCAUGUCUAUGGAUUUUCGCGACAUCCCCAGAUGGCGAAGCAUCAUGAACACUGACAUACACGAAUGCCUUGAGAUGGACUCGUUGUGGAUUUUCAUAUGGAAGGAUGAAACAUUUGAUAUGUAUGGAAAUGAA